AGGAGUCGCGAUCCCGCCCAGGUGCAGCCGAAAACAAACGGGGCGUGGAAAGCAAAAGCGGCUGAUGACAGCCGGCGGGAAGGAGGAGACGGCAGCCGCCGCGGACGCCUGGAAACUUCUGAGCCGGCUCCUGUGCAAAGAGAUGAAGGCGCAGCGAAGAGCACGCUAAGGAGCAGCCGUUCUCCACAACGGAUUGUUGGCUCCCUCCCGGCAAUCCUGGGCACGUCGCUCAAGUGCUUUGGAGUUUCCCCACCCACGAGCUGGCAGGCCCCCCGCUAGCGUACGGCUGAUUUUGAUUGGCAGGAGAGAGAAGCGAGGGAGUGCUUCUCCAAACAAAGCAACUUGUGGAAUUCGCUGCAACAAGAUGUAGUGAUGGUCUCUGGCUUGGAUGGCUGUGAAAGGGAAUUGGAGAGGGAAAUUCGUUGGUACUGGCUGACCGAGUGUUUUGUCCACCAGAGGCAGAGAGCACCAACUGGAGCCACGCACUGUAAGGGGUUUGACAUUCCACCUGCCCUUCCUCUAGCCCACGAGAGGGACCAUGGAGCAAAUCAGCUCCUUUUUCCACUCCAUCUGGACUUUCAUCCACAUCAAGCACCAGCAGGGCAUCUACAACACUGUCUGCCUGGCAGUGCUGAUGGGACUGCCUGCUCUCGUCCUCCUUGUUGGCGUCUUCAUCUGUUGCCACUGUUGCUUCUGCAGCCGGCGGCAAAAAGGCAGUGGUGGCCACAGCAGCAGUGACCCCUCCCAGGGGAAGAAAAGAAACAAGAUGAUGGUGAUGAAGAAGAAGAAAGAAGAGGACCUUUGGAUCUCGGCCCAACCCAAACUGCUGCUGCUCGAAAAGAGGCCGUCACUGCAGGUCUAAAGAGAGUGAGGCAGUCAGGAGCUUUCCACCCCUUCCAGGCUCUCCUCGCACUUUGGGGCUGUGCACACCGUGGGGUUCGUGCUGAUGUCAUGCUGCUGGCUCCCUCCCCUUUAAGGAUUCCUUGCUGCUUUGAAUGAAGAGACCCUGAGGACAUCACGGGCAUGUUCUGGAGGGUCCCUCGCUGGGCAAAUGAUUACAAGCACCUGCUAAUUGUGCCUGUGCACAGGAAGCCAUUCGUGUACAGAGCCACCAGCACACUUUGCCAUUAUGAACAGAUAUCUGCACCCUUGGGUGGAAAGACACGGGUGCAAACAAGACCAUUCACUGUGCCAAGCAAGUCGUGCACUAACACCUAACGUGUGCUAGCAAGUGAGCACUGCUAAACAAAUAUGUACCACAGCAUGCAUCGUCAUAUGCAUUCACGUGCCGAAUCAGUUCACACAGAGAUGAAAUGUGCUUGGCUUACAUGACUUUAGAAGGGGGUUAGAGAAGUCCACGGGGGGUGCCUCUGGCAACAGCUACAGUAUUAGCCUCGACAGAGCUUCCAAGAGGCAGCGUACCGCUGAAGUCACUUGUCAGGCAAUUGGGGGGGGGGGCUUAUUCUGUGACUAGGCCACAGGAUUGAGCACAGUAAGAAUCUCAGGUUUUCAUGUUUUUUUAAAAAAAUGCCAAGAUACCAGCCUCUAAGGCUGCAAAAACUGACUCGAGCGUUGGAGGCCAAUGCAUGUUGCAGUUUCAGUGGGGACAGGUUGGUAAGCAGUGGUUAGAGGGUGAGGUUUCAGUGUGCUUCCUUCUCUUUGCCCUUCCCCAAGAGUAGCAAAAGCAGAACUAUGCAAGCUGCAUAUAUAUGUAUAUUUGCAUAAUACAUGUCACAUGUCACAAUACAAUAUUUGCAUAAUAUAUGUCACAGAGUUGUUUCCUCUGGCACUCCACAAACCCUUCUAUACCAGCCAUUGCUUGGAAAGGCCUUUAAAAGGCCUGGGCUAUGACUCAGCCCAGAGACAGGCAAUCUUGGCUCUCUGGCUGUGGCUGAACUACAACUCCUAUCAUCCCCAGCUGCAUCUUAUUGUGGCUGGGGAAUAUGGGAAUUGUAGUUCAUCAACAGCUGGGGAACCAAGAUUGGCCGAAGUUAAAUAUUUUUCAGCUUCACAGAUUUUGAUGGGGAAAUUAUGUGGAAAAGCACAUAGCAAAAUCUUCUCCAUUGACAUUAAAGGGACUUUGGCUGUAUUGUGCCCAUAGUGGUGGUUGCAGGAGAAAUAUACUGUAGUUACCCAUCUGAAAUCCAGGUGAGUGUUGCCCAGCAUCUGUUUCUAGCAUACAUUCUUUGCAUUCAAAGGUUAAUAUUAAUAUUUAAUUGCCAGAAAAUCCCAGUUUCCCCCCCACUCUGUAACAAGCUGAUGAAAAAUACUGUCCAUGGUUGUGCAAGUCAGGGCUCCCUGUUAGUGCCUGUGAAGUCCCUGUGGGAAGUGUAAGAAAUUGUCCCUCUUGUUUUGCUUCUGAAAUGCCCUGCCACUUUGCUUACUGCUUUCACACUUAUUUUUCAUUACUCUCCCCCGCCCCGGCUCAUUUUUAGAGCCACCACUAUUUUUAGAAGCUGUGCAUUCUUGUCUCCAUUUCAGUCUGUAUCCCAAAAGUUUCCUUCCUUUUCUGCUCCUAGACCAGCUGUCUGCCCAGGCUCCGGCCUCCUCCAGCACAUCAAAGCCUGUCUCAGGCCUGUCUCCAAUUCCUAGCGGUUCUUGAAUCUAAAAAUGUAUGAGAUGGGCUCCUUGCCAGGGUUUAUGUCCAGCUGAUGGUGUGCUGUGAUUGGGUGCAGAGUUAGUGCAAAUCCUGUACCACAUUGUGCUGGAGUCGUGGUGAGGGAGUGUGUCAGGACUGUCCACUGAGUUCAGUGUAGUGCGAAUGUUCGAGGUAAACCACCUCUCGUCAGCCUAACUGAAUGCCAGCAUAAGGGCUAGCAGCAGGAGCUGAGGAUUCAAACGAGUCCCUGCCAGUGGUGUAGCUCCAGCAUACCCCAGGGCAAGGGGUUUGUUUGAUUACCAAAUCUAAGGUGAUCCACUUGGUAUAAUUUUAGCAUAGGACUGUGUCCUUGGCACAUUGAGCCUGGGACUCAUUGAAUAUAGUGGGACCUAUUCUGAGUAAACAUGCAUAGGAUUGAGUUAUGAAACUCAUGUCUUUUGAAGGGCUAGAUCAGUAUAAGAAGUCUCACAACUCAUACCCAUCAACAUAUUCCAAGUCUUGGGAAACAUUCCAACUUGGGCCAUUCCUGAUACUUGUAUGUUUUUAUAUACUCAAAAGAGGCCCCCUUGCUAGGCUGGUCUUCGGCACUGAGGUCACUAGCCUUUAUCAUUUCACCACUGUGUGUCUUGUACCUUGCUUUUAGGUUUGCAUUCCAGGAUUGCCCUUUUAUUGCAUGGUUUAUGUGCGAGAAUCCCCAUCCCCUUAUUUAAAAAUAAAUCUAUUUUAAUGAAACAAA